AGUUGUCGCCAGUACGCCAGUAUUCUCGAAUUGUGCAAAAUGUGCCAAAAACGUUUCAUCUAAAAUUCCAACGAUUCCAACGAUGUUUAAACACGCUUAUACUUAUGGUGGAAGCGGGUCUUUCGAGCUCGUAAGACGACCAAUUGAAGUGUUGUAAACGAUGUAUAAAAAAAGAAAAAUCCUUAAAAACAUGUAUGUAAACGCACACGCCAUUCGGGUCUGACGACAAUCGCUGAGACAUUCGCGUGAUUGAAUCGUGUGUGAGAUAGUUCGGUAGGAGACGCAACCUGAUGGGGAUGAUGCGAAGAUUUCUCCGGAUGUUAUUGCAAUUAGUUCGAGAAGUCUCAGUGAACAUAUGUAUACGUAAUGAGAGAUUAACGACUGGUAAAAAAUAAAGAAAUCCAACUGCCGUGCAGUAUCUCGAAUGAAAAAUACGUGAAUGAUUUUAAAAAAAUAUUCGCGUGAUAUCACCGUAAAAAUAUACAGUAGUAAUUGAAAGCAAAAAUCUCCGGGUUCCGGUCUCGAAUCUCGAACAUCGUAAACUACUUUCACCGUUAUUUCUAUUUUUAUUUCUCUAUUUUUAUGAGCGUGCAACUUAUAAUAUGUUUAUAAAGAAAACAUUAGUGCUCGAGAAACAAUGAGAUGAGACGUUUCUGUUAUAUUUAAGGAAUGUUUGUUAUUAUAGUUGGAGUAAAUAAAAGAUUAUCAAUGCUUUAAGAAGAUUCCAGAGAUGGAAGAUCAACGAUGGAAGAUUCUCUGCACACAUUAAUUCUCAAACAAAAAUAUGUGACAUCAAAUUGGACCUAAGAGAGUUAUGAGAGUCAAUUAUGUCAGAUCCAUCCACUUCGGUUAUCAUUCAGAACGGUAGUACCGACGAUAAAGUGAAAAUGGUCAAAACAAAGUGGGAAAACUUUGAAAAUUGGCUGCAUUGCAUCUGUAUUGUCACUUUCGAUCUUGAACUUGGUCAAGCUGUAGAGGCAAUUUUUCCAAGUCACACGAAGCUUUCCGAACAAGAACGAUCGAAUGUCUGUUAUUUGGCAUUUCCGGACUCGAAUUCGGGUUGUAUGGGGGACACGCAAUAUCAUGUUAGAAUAAGACAAAACAAACAGUCUAUAAAAACUUUUCAAGCCCUGAAAGAAUAUGAUAGAAAAUCCCCCACGUUUCUGCAAUCUGACAAAGAUUAUUAUUGGGGGUACGUCUACUUUCGUCAAGUGAAGGAUAAAACUUUACCUAGAGGUUAUUUUCAGAAGAGUGUUGUCAUCAUUUCAAAAUUACCUUUCGUCAAUCUAUUUGGUGAAGUAUGCGCUCUUCUCGCACCUGAAUUUUUUGAUUCCGGACCAAAAGUGAUGGAAGUCGCGGUUCAGGAAAUUGAUCAAUGGCCUCCGCCGGUUCCCGGACAAACAAUUCAUUUACCACUCAUUGGAACUUUAUUUCAGACUUACAUUCCAAACAAAAAUUAUAAAAAAAACAUACCUUCCGUUAGCGCUUUGGAUCACGUCACUAAUAAACGAACUUUACGUCGUUUAAUUCUCACAUCGCCUUAUGAGAGCGAUAUGUUUCAAAAUUUAGGCAGCGUCGUUUCACACGUUCAUCUUCUCUGGGAGCUCGUCUUACUAAGUGAACCGAUCGUCGUAAUGGCUAGUUCGCCGACAACGUGCGCUGAAAUGGUGCAGGCAUUGGUCGCAACAAUCGCACCGCUAAAGUAUUGUUCUGAUUAUCGUCCUUAUUUCACAAUUCACGAUUCCGAAUUUAAAGAAUAUACGACCGACGCUCCCAGUCCACCUGCAGUAAUUCUCGGCGUAACAAAUCCAUUUUUUGCGAAAACACUCCAAAGAUGGCCCCAUAUCAUAAGAAUAAGCGAAGGUACAAACGCAGAGGGACAAAAAUACAGAAUAAAGAGAGGAGAAAAUUUGAAGAUUCUCGAUUCGAAGCCUGGCGUUUAUACGCAGUAUAAACCAUUUUUGCAAAAGGACAAAGCAAUUUUGAAAAAAUUAUUGCGCGGCACUCAAACUAAAAGACCCAGGGAAGUUCAAACGGCCAUGUUGAAGCGUCACUUGAUCGAACUUACGGAGAGCUUCAUGAUUCCACUGGAACGAUACGUCGCCAGCUUAAUGCCUUUGCAGAAAAACAUAUCCCCUUUUAAGGCAACGCCAAUUCCUCAAUUAUUCAAUCCGGAUGAUUUCUUGGCGACUCUAAGCACGUCGGGGCCCCAAUUAACAACAGGGAUCAAAGGCGACUGGAUCGGAUUGUACCGAAGGUUCUUCAGGUCACCAAAUUUCUCCGGAUGGUUCCAGUCUCGUUACACCGAACUCACGCAAAAACUGCAAGCCAUACAACUGGAAGCGCUUUCACAAGCAGAUUUGAAAACAUGGGUACAGGACAAGCAAGAAGUGGAAGUAGUCGACAUGAUUUUGAGAAUACGUCAAAAAUUAGAGAAAAGCUACGACGAAAAUGUGCCGAUCACGAAUUCCGUGCGCGAAAUGUUGUGCGAAAGGAUAAACGAUAUAACGAGGACACUGCCCGAAGAUCUGAAGAUAAUACUGAGCCAAGAAUCUUGACGUUGCCCAUUAUCCGAAUAGCUCUUAAUUAAUAUUAGUCAGAGAGAAAAUUGCUCCAAAGGUUUUUCGACGCAGUUCGUCGUGAUCCUUAAUUUCGUUUCUUCGAAUACUCGUUAAGGCUUCAUUAUGUUGCUCAUUAACCAUUAUUAGAAGCUACGUAAAAUAAGUAAAUUUAAAAGAAGCCUCGUCAAUUGUAAGAACGUCCAUCUUACACAUGAUUAUAGGUACAGUCAUAAUUUCUUUUAUUUUCAAUCUUAGCAUACCCAUUACAUUCAACGUACGAUUGAUAUACUAAUUAUUAUUGUCAUCAUCAUCAUCAUCAUCAUCAUCAUCAUCAUCAUUAUAUAUACAUAUAUAUUUUUUAUUCAUUUUGACGGCGACCGUCGACUCGUAAUUAUUUUGCAGAAUCUACGACAAUAUUCGUAAUCUCAUUAUUAUAUACGCAUGCAUUACUUUAUACCAUGAAUAAAAAUGAGGCGAAAAAAACGAAACGAUGAGAUAAGUCAUGAAAUAUUGACAUCAGAAAUGUGAACGCUGAUGAGAUUAAUGUUAUUAAAAUCUAUUUUAAUAGUAAA